UCGCUUUGUUCUUCCUACUUCCGGUUGGCAGUUUCGUAUGACAACUGUGUCCAGUCCUGUUGUGUAUAAUUAAACUGGAGCUUCUUAGACUCUUGGGGUUUUCCCCAAUUAGGUAGCAGAAAAAAAUGUUUGAUAAUAUCAAAUCCUGGGCUGAGUAUAUUGUGGAAAGGGCUGCAAAGGAUCCAUAUGGAUUUCUUAUAACAGUGAUCCUAGCUCUUACACCCCUUUUCUUAGCAAGUGCAGGACUGUCAUGGAAACUGGCAAAAAUGAUUGAAGCCAGGGAACGAGAGCAAAAGAAGAAACAGAAGCGCCAGGAAAAUAUUGCUAAGGCUAAACAAACAAAGGAGGACUAA